AUGUUCCGCGUCGAACUACUCCAGGACAAAUCUGUGGCCACACCAGGUUGGUCCUAUGCCCCAACGCGGGGCUUUGACCCCACGCAGGCGAUGGCACCAACCCUCGGCCGCAAACGCAACAUCCGCGACGCCGGCAAGGGCGGGGACAUCUCCUCACGACAAGCGAACGCGAUCGCUCGCCACAUUGCUGAACUCGACCGUGAAAACCAGCGCGAUGUCGCAAUCUCAGUACCCGUGAGACAAGCGAAAGAAGCCGGUGCACGCGGCACCCGCGCAAAAACUACCUCCGCCGUACGCCGCAUUCUCCAGUCCCAGAAAACCUUUCGGAACCACCUCGACGAUGAAGAAGCAGCCAUUGCCCUGGGUACCGGCGGCGGAGGUGGUACGCAGAACCCAGGUGCGAAUCUUGCCGCCAAGGGACCCAGAGCCGCUGCUUCGGCAGCCGCGCGCCGCAGCUCAACGCCAGCCAGCGUGGCAGGACGGAAGCGCCCUUCUGCUGCGGUGACCGCUACGAACACUGGGGCCUCUACACCGGCUGAAACGACGGAUGCCGAGACAGAUGCGGACGAGGAGAUGGAGCGGAAGCCGAAACUCAUCAAAUCUGAACACGAUAAUGAUCCUCUUCUGCGCUCGUAUGCGCCUCUUAUGCCGUCGGAGGGUCUUAUGCAGCGGCUUUUGGCUGAGCCACCGCUUUCUUAUAAUGCUUCACGUGUGAAGCCGCCUUCUUCUUCGCGGCCUGGACGCCAUUUCUGCUGCAUGUGCGGAUAUUGGGGGAAGAUUCGCUGCAAGAGUUGUCAUUUGAGAACUUGUAGCCUAGAUUGCUACAAGGUUCAUGAGGACUCGAGGUGUGGUGCUUUCUUCUAG